CUUCCUCAGCUCUGGAGAAGCCAGUGAAAAAAGGAGACUGUGUGGAAUGAGGGAAAAGAGGAGGAGAUAAAAAGCAGCACAGAGAAGGAGACUGGCUGGGGGUAAAAAAACAACAGGAAACCGGCCGAUUCUAAUGCUGUUUCUGCAAAUCCGUCACAGAUAAAGCAGCCGCCUGCCACGUCCCGGCAAGGCAACAGCCACACUACCUCUUUUCUUCGAUCGUCACCUGAAGUAAUGAUGAUUUAAAGGACUUAAAGUUCAAAAUGUGACGUCACUUCUGCUCUCAGCCUCCUACAGCGUGCGGUUAGUCAGUAUGUGAGCGGAUGCAGACUUUGGGGAGCUGACUGCUGGGAUUUCUAUGUGGCUGCUUUUCUUCUGACCCACAAACUCAACCUUUCUCGGGGUCAUAUGGAUCGAUCGCCACGCUUCCAAGGAUCUGUUUGUUUUGAUCGUCUGGACGACUAACUGGAGCCACAUGAAGAAUAAAGGGACUAAGCAGAAGACCAAAAAGAAAGGAAGUGAGAAUGCGUUCGGCUGUGACCUGAUAGAACAUCUCCAGAGUUCAGGACAUGAUGUUCCUCAGGUUCUGAAGAAAUGUGCAGAAUUUAUUGAGGAGCAUGGGAUUGUGGAUGGGAUCUACAGACUGUCGGGGGUCACCUCAAAUAUCCAGCGUCUCAGGCAGGAAUUCAGCUCUGAGGCGUGCCCUGACCUUACAAAGGAAGUGUACCUCCAGGACAUCCACUGUGUGGGUUCCUUAUGUAAGCUGUACUUCAGGGAGCUACCCAAUCCUCUGCUCACAUAUGAGCUAUACAGCAAGUUCACAGAAGUGGUCCGUGUCCAGGGGGAUCAUGAGAGACUUUUGCACAUUCAGAGGGUCGUCAAAGAACUGCCGACCCCUCACUUCAGGACUCUGGAGUACCUCACUAAGCACUUGGCUCACCUUGCCACCUUAAGCACCCAGACGAACAUGCACACACGAAACCUGGCCCUGGUUUGGGCUCCGAAUCUAUUGAGAUGUAAAGACAUUGAGGCAUCAUCAGGUAACGGAGACAUGGCUUUCCAGGCGGUGCGGAUACAACAGUCGGUGGUUGAGUUUAUUCUGAACCACACGGAGCAGAUCUUCAGUGGUGACUCGGUGCAGCUCAAACCCAAAGAAGGCUCGAGUUUGAUGUGCGGGGAGAAAUACGCCACUCUCCCGAUCAGUGGCCAGUGUGGGCCGAUGAAACUGAUGAGCCUGGAAGAAGCCCAGGCCCGCUCCUUGAGUCCAAACCAUCCCGUGCAUAGAGAACGUCAGCGGGAGAACAGUCUGCCUGACACCAGCACUGCCACGCUCUACCACACCGUCAUAGACAUAUCAGACAGCAAGAGGAAGUUCUCUGGGAAAUCGAAGAAGUGGAAGUCCAUCUUCAACCUGGGACGGUCUGUGGACUCGAAGGGAAAACUGAGCCGAAACGGCAGUGUGUUCAUAAGAUCACCGGGGAUAACAGAAAAGGCUGCUCUUCGUCCGUCCAGGAGCAUGGAGUCUUUGUGCUCCUUACCAACAGAUGAUGACAGAACAGGAAACAACAGUCCAUCUGGUGGCAUUUUUGUUCCAGAUGUAAAAUCCAGAACCCUGGGAUCCGACUCGCUCUAUGAACUGAGUGAACACGACCAAAACUGGGAGUUUAAAGGGAACAAAGCUGGCGGGGCAACAGGUGGCUGGAGCUCUAGCACAAACCAGAAGGGGUCGCCAGGUGCCUCUGCAGCCCCUCAAAAAACACUACCAGAGCAACUGAAGGUGUACAAAGGGGAUGACCUCAGCGGCUACAAGCCCACAUCCCCAAAAAACAGGAGGAUGUUGUACUCAGGCUCCUCCCACAACAGUUCCUCUCGGCCCUCCUUCCCAGGAAGCUUCUUCCCGCUGGAGUCCUCACCGAGGCAUCAACGCAGGGCCGUCAACAUAUCUGAGCCUUUUGCCGUGUCCGUGCCACUGCGUGUGUCAGCCGUUAUCAGCUCCAACAGCACGCCAUGCAGGGGGCUCGCCAAGGACAAGGCAGCUACUCUGAAGCCCAGCAGAGAAAGCUCCGAACAGAGCAGCAACAGUGGAAAGAGCAACACUUUCCCCCAAAUGGAACCUAAGAAGCAGGAAGGAACAGAGAAGAAAAACAUAGAGGAGCCGCCUGCGAGAGUCCGGCCAGACGAUGCAAGCAAAGAAGUGGUGCGAGAAAGCCGAGGAGGGAAGAACAUUUCUGAACUGGAACCACUGCCCCUUGUAAAUGCGAGAGAAGGCAAAGAUGUAGCGCCAUCUCCUGGGAAAGAACUGCACAACCAGCCCAAAGCUUCUCAACUGGAAAAGCGAUCUUCUACUGGGAAAGAGCCGUGGUCCGACCUCCGCCAAGAACUGAAGAUAACUGAACCUGAAAUUGACCUACUGGAUGAGACUUUCAGACCUGUUUUCGGCUCCAAGAGUACAACUGAGGUCACAAAGUUAACGAUGGACGUCAAGUCGAAGCGAAGCCGCAGCUCUCCAUCUCUGUCUUUGUUAUUUAGGGAGCACUCGUCAAAUACCUCUCUCAGUGAUCAUGUAAUUGCCACUGGAUCAAACUCUGCAAAGAAACAGCCCUCGGAGUCAGAUAUCCUGUUUUCUCUUCACAAAAACACGGACAGUUCUCGUCCUGCUGACGUAGUGGAUGAACAAGAGAAGAAGCUGAGUCAAAAAAUCACAUCCUUAAACAAAGAUGACCCAACUUCCAGCAAGGAGGGCCAACUUCCUUUCAAGGAAACCUGUUCAGAUAAAGUUAUGAAUCCUUUGACGAUAGAGGAUACUCCAGCGGUUGAAAGCUCCAUAGUACCAGCUGAAGCUAACAAAAACUCAGAGAAACACGAAAGUCCUCAAGCAGACAAAAACAGCUCCUGUGAAGGCACAAAGAAGAGUGGGAUUUCUGAGGUGGAACUUAUUCAGAGGCUGUCAGUGUGUUUGGAGGAGAGACGCCACACGUUGGAGCUGCCACACCUUGACAUUGAUGAAGGAAACUCAGAGGAGCUGGACUUGGUGGAGCCCUGGGAGGAUCUCAGCUCUAACAAGCAGUGGGUCACCAGUCCUCUCCACUCACCUGAUGUGGAGAAGCUCUUCAACCAGCUGUUGCCUUUCAGCUCUUACGAGGAACCUCUGAGUCUAGAGGAGGGAAAUAUGUCACCUCCUGCUGUUGAUAAUGCACAGCCUCUUGCUAAGAGCACUGAACACCUCUCAGGAAACGUUCCUCAGACGACAAGCAGCAAACCAAAAACUAAAUGGACGUAUUUGCCGUCAGUACCCGCACGAGUCAGUGUGAACAGCAGUAACAUGACACAACCUCACACAGGAAAAUGCAGCGCAGCAAAACAGAAGACUACAGCAUCAUCUCAGAGGUUUUACAGACAGAUGUCUUACGAGGCAGAGAGAAGAGAGGAAAAUUACUUUGCUAAACACAGGCCAUACUCACUGAAUCUAGAUCUGGGGCAACGAUGCAUCAGAGACAUUUCAAAUCAACAAAAUCGCAAUUCGACAGAGUUUUCCUCGUGUCAGAGAGGAUUACCAGCCUCACCUGGAACUGCAAACAACGGGCUGUCCUCGGAGCUGGAGUUGUUUCUCAGUGAUCGGCAGGCGCCUUUACGUCGAAAUUCGGCCCCAGUCAGCGUCUCGUCGGUGCGCACAGCCUUCAUGAUCAAAACGUGCCAGGCCAAAGCUGUGCCCGUCGUCCCUCCGAAGGUGCAGUACAGUCAAAUACCUCACUCCAGCCACGAGAAUGAUUUUGACGCAGUGAAGGAACAAGAAAAGGAACAUCCUAAAGUGACCGCAGAGAAAAGCAAUAGCGUACCUUCUCCGAUGAUGUCGGAUCUAAAGGAGGAGCUGGAGAACAAAGAGCCUUCUCCCAAACACCAAAAACACCCAAAUGGCGAGAAAUGUGCCGAAGCGGUGAAGAACACAUCAACUCCAGAGCUGCCAGUCAUAACACGGAGACACGCGCCCAGUCUGGAAGUGUUUGUAGAUUGUCCCAGACCCAACAGAGGCAACAUCUUACAAAGACCGUCAUUCAGGAACAGGCAGAGACCUCAAAGUCUCAUCCUGCUCAGCCCUCCUUUUCCCAUCAUGGACUACCCGCCUUCAGGCGACGAUGGCAAGCUUCUCUCAUCCAUCAAGAAUCUGAACGACACAUCGGCAGUGAAUGUCUUCUCUAAAGAGAUGGCAGAGAAUUUCAGGACGCCGGAGGGGAUCGCUCUUCAAAACAAAAUGACUAUUCCAAAAAGUGGACAGAGACUGGAAACAUCAACCAGCUGCUUCUACCAACCACAGAGGAGAUCGAUGAUCUUUGAUAGCAGGAGCCACAGGCAGAUUGAGUGACUGGAGGUACGGUCACUGACUCUGAGACUGGGUGUUUGUACAUAGAUACAGUAUACAAAAAAAAUAUUCUUUUGUAAGACCAUGAAGUAUUUGAGAGAGAGUUGAGGAAGGCAUGUUUUAUGUGAAAGCCAUUUAAUGUUGACUGAGAUCUAGAGCUCAAAAUCAAGUUACUGUUUCAGCUCUACUGAGAUCAAUGAAGGAAAUAUUUUCUAAGUGACUAUAGAAUGACAGGCAUACUCAUGUCAAGUUACAGAAAAUGUGAGAUAUAAAAAUCAAGUCUACAUGUGGUGCUACACAGUCACAGUGAAUCACUGCCAAGAAACUUGUAGAUCAUUUGUGGGAAAACGUAGUCUAACUAGAGACUAAAUGAAAGAAGUGGAUGUAACCCAUGGCUCUGAAAAUGAAGCCGGCGUAAAGGAAGCCAAGUGUCUUAAACAUGCAUUCUUCCUAUUGGCCAGCGGGGGGGGGGAACUCCACUGGCUGCAAAAGUCCAACUGUGUGUAAGCUUAUGAAAAAAUUACCUUGAUUUAAUAUCAAGGUAAACAUUUCACUAAUUGUUUAUGGCCCUAAUCGCUAGUUUCAAGUCUUCUCCAAUACAGUAUGAUGUUUAAUCAGUACAUUAUGGUCCCAUUUAGAAUAAAAUAGAGGAUAAAGAUGGAUAGAUGGCUUUAGAGCAUGGCUACCUGGUUAUUGACAAGGCAUCUAAAUAGCUGUGAACAUGUUUUUGGUUGUCUUUGUUGUCGUCUUGAAAUAUAACCCUGUCACCUUCUAUUUUCAGUUCGUGAAAAUUAAGUGUAUCAUUGUGGUCGACUAAAAAUGUCUUUUUUGCCUUUUGGUUGUUUCAUUUUCACUACCAACAAUAAGCAUAAUAUCAAAGUUUAUGUGAAUUACAGAGGCACCUUGCUAACCAAAUUAGCUAACUCGAGUCGGUUUUAGCUGUAAAUCACCUAACCCCCCCACUCCUCCACAGUGCCACAGUCUCAUUUAAAAAUGGUCACUUCUGGUUCCAAAAAGACUAAGACGGUGAAAGCUAGUCCACAAACCAAUGUGUGACACCAUGGUUGCUGUGUCCACUUCUUUUAUACAGUCUGCGAGCUUUAAGGUCCUCCUCAACUGUUUCAACAACUUCUUUCAAUCUUAGAGUUUAAUCUUUAGGAGUUUAUUCAGUUGUCGUGAUAGUUCAUUAGCUCAAAAAUAACAUUCUCCUUGUUCUAAUUUGGACAAAAACAAACAAAAAACGUCUGGGUUAAUUGAGGGGCUUCAUAUUUUUAUAUGUCUCUACAAUAUUUUGAUGUACUGGAAGCUGCUAUGCUAUUUGGAGUUCCAGGAGAAUUUGAAUAGAAUCAUGUUAAACACACUAUGGCAUGUAGUUGGAUUAUUUGAAUUUAACGACCAAUCAACAGCCUGUGUUCAUUCUGCAUUUAUGUGUAGUCCUCACAAAAAUGUCUGAGCUGAAUUGACCCUUGAACCUUUAGGGGCUCAGCAAACAGGAUGUGUACAGUAAAGGUUAACAAUAAGUAAAAAAGGUAAGCUGAAGAACUGACAAACUGUUAAACAGUUUAACAGUAAUUCUCUCUAUCAUGUGGAUGUGUUUAUUUAUUUCUUCAUUAACACACACUUGAUACUUCCAAGUAAAAUAUACUGUAUGUUGCUGUUGGCUCUGUGAUACGCUGAUGUCAAUGUGAUCUUUUUUUGUUUUUGUUUUUGUUUUUUUUUUACCCUAAUAUUUAAAAGGAAAUUUUCUUUUCUGAUUUAAAUAUAUCACAAACUUAAUGAAUAGUAUUUAACCACAGGGGGACUUUUAUUCACGUGUAUCUUCUUUUUCUGUACUUGCUUUGUAUUUUAUGGCAUUUUUCUAUUUGUUUGUUGACAAUAAUGAGAACCAGUUAAGAGUAAAACAAGAUUAACUGAUGUUGUGAAAAGUAAACUGGAGGGUUGAGUGUGUGCGCGCUGACUGUAUUUGAUGCGUUUGGGCUUUGAUGGUGCUUUGAGUCAAAGUUAGAUGAGGGUUUCUCCAGAUUGUUCUUUGCAUUUUACAAACACGGGAUCUGAAGUUUUUUUGACACUUUGUUCUGUUGGUGGCUCAGUGAUUAGAACAUAACAGAAUUUGGACGUUAAAGGAGGUUAACAGUGUAUUUUUUUUAAAGAUGCAGAUUUUAUUGAGGUGUGAUACAGUGUUUUUUUUAUACUGUAGUUUAGAUGGACUGGAUGAAUGAUUACAAAAAAUGAGAUAAGGUUUUUUUUAUUUGUUUUGUAACUUUUGUAUACAUGUUGAUACUGAAAAUGACUGACUGUAUUCAUAGUAAAAAAAAAAA